UUGAGAUCCUCAAGAUCAUCAACCCUGCUGCAGUCCGCCUGAAGCUUCCGCGGACCAUGCGUGUCCACCCUACAUUCCACGUCUCUAAGAUUAAGCCUGUGGUGGAGAGCCCUCUCGUUUCCGCCACCCCGGCCCCCCCACCUCCCCGCAUUGUAGAUGGAGGCCCUGUCUAUUCUGUCCGACGCCUCAUCCGCUCUCGCCGCCGGGGGAGGGGCAUCCAGUACCUGGUCGACUGGGAGGGCUAUGGUCCGGAGACAAGAUCCUGGGUCCCCGCCGGUUUUAUUGUCGACCCUCGGCUUAUCACCAGCUUCCACCAGCAACACCCGGACCAGCCCUCCAGGACCCGCCCAGCAGCCAAGAGGCUCCGUCCCAAUACCCGCACUGCUACGUCCACAGCCGGCCCUGACGAGACGGAGGACUGCUUCUCAUCAUCGGAGGAGUCCGCAGAGGAGAACGGCGCGGCCUCCCCCCGGAUCCCCGUCCACCCGGCUCACAAUUCAGACCGGGCCGAGUCUCAGGAGUAUUGAGGAGACUCCUCCAGAACCCUCCCCUCCCUCCCUCGGUGACAUCUUUUUGGGACGUCAGGAGAC